AUGCCAUACACUGCGCCGUUGAAGUCGUUGCUCUCCGCGCAGCACAUUGAAUUCAGUGAUCCCACCCCCGAGGUCCGUCCCGAAAGACCUCGUCACAACUCCCGCUCUUACUCCUCCACCUCCUACGUCCGCCGACACCGCAGGAGUCCUUCGAUCUGCAAACCCACCGUGCAGUCUUCCUCGGAGCCCGUCUCGCGCUCGUCCCCCUCCAUUGACCCCCAUGCCAGUCUGAGACAGUCCCCGCCGCCGUUAAACAAUGCCGUCAUUCCACCCGGGGCGGUGAUGUCCCCACCAGAAUCUGCUCUGAAUUCGAGUGACGACGAGUCGCCGUAUUCGGGUGGACAGGGGAUCAGGCUCGAGGACCUGGAGGCGGCAGUCCGGUCCAUCGAGCAGAGGAGAGAAUCCUCUCCAGAAAGAAGCAUGGGGCCCGCGGAGCAGGCCGGCACCGAGGCUCGUUCCUCGUCGAGUCUGCCCUUAUCCAGAGAGGCCCGGAAGAUCACUCACUCGCGGUCGUCGACCGAAAACUCGAUUAUCUUGAAACGGGAGGAGGCCCUGACAAGCUCUCCCGAGGACAGUGAUGUGGAAUUCGAGUCCAAACCCCCCAUGGUCCGCAAGAAGUCUGGUGAACUGGUUCGUCCGGCACUGCGGCCUCCGUCAGCUCGCCGCCGCCCCUCCAGCAUGCCGGGGACCCCGGUCUAUUCGAAAGCGGUCCACUUUGACGCUCAGCUGGAACACAUCCGCCACUUCCUGCAGCUGGACAAACCCUUGGCUGUCAGUGCGGAGACCUCACCGGUAGACAGCCAUGACACUGAGGGCGAGUUCCCUUUUGGUCCCCAGGCGGAGUCUCGUACGGCGUCCUGGGAAUGGGAUAUUCGACUCUCCAACUUCCCCACGGAUGUGUCUUUGAGUCAGACUCGGCCCGUUCGCCUCGAGCGGUUGUUCUUGUCAUCCGAUAAGAAUGUCCUGAUCGGUACGGUUGCCGUGUCCAACCUCGCAUUCCAGAAGCAGGUCGCUGCCCGCUUCACCUUUGAUUACUGGAGGACGGUGUCGGAAGUGAGUGCGUCGUUUUGCCACGAUGUUCGCCGGAAGCAUGCCCACGACGGGUACGACCGCUUCACCUUUGAAAUCAAGCUCAACGACCAGACCAAUUUGGAAUGCAAGACCAUGUCUGUAUGCAUUCGAUACAGUGUGAAUGGUCAAGAGUUCUGGGACAACAACAACUCCAUGAACUACCAGGUCGACUUCGUCAAGGCGCCCAAGACAGCCCCGUCCAAGUCGUCCAGUGGACCUCGUCCAUCUCUUCCUCGCAGUCGCAGUUUCACCGGCUUACACAGCACUCGCCCACACUCCAUGCCCGGAUCAUUCGAUGAUUUCCCAGAGAUCCCUAACAAGGUGCCAUUCUGCGAUCCCUUCUCGGGCGCCAACGGCGUGUCGUUGACCCGGAAGACCUCGGACGAUAUCGACACCGUUGCUCCUCCGAAACCUCGCGAAAAGCAUCACCGCCAGGCGUUUGGUACCCGGUAUGAUUUUGGGGCCUCAUUGUCUGCUGCCAUGCGGACCAAAACUCCCUUAGAUCGGACCACUUUGGCGGCGCGCGCGAGGUCUGGACAGACGGCCGAUGAGACCUCUGCUAGAAAAAGCCCAGAUAUUGCCUUGGGCAAGGCUUCUCCAGUGAGCGAUGAUAUUUGCGAUGGAGCUCGUGUGGGAGAUAUGAAACCGUCCUCAUUGGUGUCUAGCAAGCCGCGUCUCGAGUCCUCCGUGUAUAGAGAGCUGGUCGAUCGGUACUGCUUCCAGUAUGGUUCGCAAGGCGUGAAUCAGAAGCCGCCGGCUCCAGUCUCUACUGCGAAGGCGAAUGAUACAGAGCAUGCGAAGCAUUCUCCUCCACCCGCGGGGUAUGCUCCCUCGCCGCCUUUGUCUCCUCGCUCCCUUCCAGCGGAGCCGUCCGCGCCCGAGACACCUCGUGAAGCACGCCCGGCGUCCACUUCGCUGAGCCCGCACACCUCCCCGCGCGCCUCACCGUCUCCCAAGUCGUUCCGUUACCCCUACCAUCAUCAGAACGGCUUCAUGAAUGAUCCUCCGUCGUCACCGGUUAUUAGAGGGUGA